ACCCGCCUUAACCAAUGAUCCCGUCGCGGAUAGUGCCGUGCCGCACCUACCUGAGAUGGCCUCAGUGAGAACUGACGGGCAAACCCCGGAUUUCGAACACGGAAUUGAGUCAUUUAUCAAUGUUGCGAGGCGGGGUAGCAUGACAUACUUUAGGGCUACGGCUACGUUUAGAUGGAUGGACGCUGUGAGAUUGCCGUGGUGGGUUUUCGACGGCUGCGGAGAGUCCUCCGCUUUUUGGUUUGAGGUGUAGGGUUGGUGCAGUUCAGGAGAGGGGAAGUACUGUUGAGAAGGGAUUUGAUUGAUGGCUUUUUGGGCCAAUAGGUUAGUGCCAGAGUAGCGGGUCGCUGUGCCUACCUGCCUUGAUCUCCAGAUACACAACGUCACCAUCGGGGCUGCCGAUGAUCUGAAGUAGGCGAGUGGGAUCUCGCGACGUCGGAGAUGGCGGGCUGGUGGGCUGGGCUUUAGUUAUAAGUUGAUUCAGUCCUCCCGAUGGAGAAGUACUCUAACUAGGGCAGGCAGUACUUCCAUUAUACCGCAGAACACUUCUGACACACCUCACGAUGCACUUCGCUGCUACAAUCUUACCCGCCCUCGGAACACUAAUUGGUAGUGCCCAAGCCAUCGUAAAGGCCCUUGACCUCUCCCAGCCACAAGGAACCAGCGUGUGGACCUGCGUGCAGGGCCAAUCCUUCCUAAAAGGUGUACCCCGUCUGUACCAAGAAGCCUGCGGCGUAUACCUCCUCCCAGCCCCCCUUCCUCCUCUCUUACACCAAAAUCUAACAAACCCUCAGCUUGGCGGUCGCAUUGACCCAAACUUCAUAACAAGCUACAAUCAAAUCCGCGCUUCAGGCAUCAAAGAUAUCGACGGAUACUUCUUCCCGUGCACGGGUUCCACACACAACUGCAAGUCUCCAGCAGCCCAAGUGAGCGAGAUAGUAUACUUCCUAGCCGUAAACAACAUCAUAGUGAAACGUUUGUGGCUAGACUUGGAACCUCCGGGUCCGGGUUCCCCAUGUCAGGGGUGGAAUUACGGUGCUACGCAGAAUACUGCACUUGCUAGGCAGUUUGCCACCGCUAUCAAGGCUACGGGAUUGAAGUGGGGGAUCGUGGGUUGCCCCCUGCUCUCAUCCUUCUCUUCUUGCGUGCUUUCUCCGAUAUGGCCUGGGCUUAUUUUUGUGUGGGCGUGCAGUAUGCAAAUGGGAAUCAGUGGACGACCAUGUUUGGUUCCAGGAGUGUGGACAUCGCGAGUGAUUUGCCACUUUGGGCCGUGCAGUGGGACGGGGUUCCUACGCUUGGGAGCGUCCAUACCUUCAUGGGUGGGUGGACUACGGCGUUUGCGAAGCAGUACGGGCAGAGCACUGGUGGGUGUGCACCGGCUGGGGCGUUUGAUUUGAAUGUUUUUACGGAGUAGACAGGGGAGUGGUGGGGCGAGUGAGCUGUUGUGGUGGAAAUGGUUCUGAGAGAGUGAGCCUGAGUGGGCUCCUUGCAUAGAGCUCGUCGAGAUCGGUUACCCAAGAGUGUUUAUUUUUCCAUACAUGACGAGAAUCCUCCGGCAGAGCUCGUGAACCGAGAUGCCAUACUGGACUUCUCCCUAAGCAUUUAACACAGGAUUGAGAGAGAGUAUUGAGCGCAUGCGUAUAAAAUGUGAGUGAUACUUGAUGACUGGCACUGAUUUGCACUCUCCUGAGCAACUACGGAGACCCGCGGCUCAGCCGCCCCAUCUUCCAUACCGUACCGACUUGGCAUACCAGCAUGCGCAGAGCUCCUUUCCCUACCGGUAAGCGUAAGCGCUCUCACAUCAGGAUCUGGAAAACCCCGAACAACCGCAGCAAAGCCCGCGGUCAGAUCCAAAUAUGAGCAUAACUGCAGAAUCCUUUUCAUAUCACUUUUUUCAAGCACUCAUUUAAGAUUGUCGUCUAGGGUAGCCUAUGUUCCCGAUAGACAUACAAGUACCGGUCCUGUGGCGAUGCUUGGCCACUAGGAGACAUCCCACGACCGUGAAAAACGUCGGAUCUUGCGGGGAGGUUGCAGCACUUUCUGCAACCACGAGAAGGUGACGGGAUCCCACUCAUCC